GAGUGGAAACUUGGAACGGAAACUGUGAGCGCUUUUGUUCUCUGAGUCUCUCCUGGCUUUCCUGUGCAGCCAGCCCAUGCCCUCAGAGAGACUGUUUUGCAUGUGGUUGUUAAACUUUGAUUCCGUGACUCAUGCUGGGGCGAAGGCUUCACGUAUGCCUCCCUCAUUUGAUUGCUUUCUUCUUUUCCCUUUUUUUUUUUUUUAAAGCUCAAAGCAAAACUACCUUGGCAGCUGACCGUGACUCUGGCUUCCAGGAAGGGGAGCUUUGGUAUGAAGUGCCUCCUAAUGGCUGUGUGGCCCAGCCCGGCUGUGCUCCCCCAGCUUGGGUGACACCUGGCUAACCAGGAGGACAGCUGGGGGCGCAGAGAGGAACACUGGGUGCCCACCGUGGGGGCUGGAGCAACGCACCCUCCUGGGACAGUGAGCAACGCCUGGUGUGAGGCUGGCCUGCCAGGCUGGGUGAGGAUCCUCUUGCUCCAUGGAGACCAGACCAAAGCUGGACCCCAGUCUGAGAGAACAACCAUCCCGAGGGGAAGGACUGGUCGCCGGUCAAGAAGCAGAAGCUCAUGCCACCGUGGCUCUGCCAGAAGGAAACCAGGGGCCGGACCCUCGCCGGGGGCCCAGCUGGCACGGCAUGGAGCGCUCAAGCAAGAUGGAGUUCUUCCAGAAGCUGGGCUACAGCCCGGAGGAUGUGGUCAGGGUGCUGGGCAAACUGGGUGAGGGCGCCCUGGUCAAUGAUGUGCUGCAGGAGCUGAUCCAGACCAGCAGCCGCCCGGGGGCCCACGAGGGCAGCGCGGCGCCCCUGCUUAUCCCCAGGGGCUCCUGCGCCACCCCGGACUCUGCCCUGCGCAGGCAGGCGGCAGAGCUGGAAGAGGAUUGUGGAGACCCAGCCAGUUCCUUGCGACCCAUAGUGAUUGACGGCAGCAACGUGGCAAUGAGCCAUGGAAAUAAAGAAGCCUUCUCGUGCCGGGGAAUCCAGCUGGCUGUGGACUGGUUCAGGGACAGAGGACACACCUACAUCAAAGUUUUUGUCCCAUCCUGGAGGAAAGACCCACCAAGAUCCGACACCCCCAUUAGAGAGCAGCACGUGCUGGAGGUGCUGGAGAAGCAGGCGGUGCUCGUGUACACCCCGUCCCGCAAGGUGAACGGCAAGCGGGUGGUCUGCUACGACGACCGCUACAUCGUGAAGGUGGCCUACGAGCUGGACGGCGUCAUCGUCUCUAACGACAAUUACCGCGACCUUCAGAGCGAGAACCCCGAGUGGAAGUGGUUCAUCGAGCAGAGGCUGCUCAUGUUCUCCUUCGUCAACGAUCGGUUCAUGCCUCCUGAUGACCCCCUGGGCCGCCGGGGACCCACGCUGAGCAACUUCCUGAGCAGGAAGCCGAAGCCCCCGGAGCCAUCCUGGCAGCACUGCCCCUAUGGCAAGAAAUGCACCUACGGCGUCAAGUGCAAGUUCUACCACCCGGAGAGGCCGCACCUGGCGCCGCUGGCGGUGGCCGACGAGCUUCGCGCGCAAACGCGGGCUUGGCGGGGCGUGGGAGGCGGAGCGGAGGAGCGGCGGCGCAGCGGGCGGGCGGCGGCGGCGGCGGCGGCGGCCGGGGCAGGGCAGGGCGGCCCCCGGGGCGCUCCCGCCGCGGCCUGGCUGAGGGCCCCGGAGCCCGGCGCGUGCAGCCUGCCCUCGGCGCGGCCGGCGGCCGACGUGGCGGCGCUCGAAGGCAGCUUCUCGCAGCUCGCCUUCAGCGACGACCCGGGGCUCCUCGGUCCACCCCCCCUGGACGCCGGCCUCACGCCCCGGCCGCGCCGUCCGGACUGGGUGGCGCCGGGGGCCUCGCCGACCCCAGCAGCCCUGCGCGGCCUCCCGAGCCCCCAGGGCCCGUCCGGCCCGCCGGUCCGGCCGCGCGGGGGGCACGGCCCCGGGGCCCAGCACAGUGACCUGCUCCCCCAGCGCCGACGGCCCGCCGACGCGCGCGCCCUCCCACCAGCGGCCGACCGGUUCCCGGGCUGCUCGGCCUGGGCGAAAUGCGGCUGCGUCGACGGCGCCUUCGGGGGACCUUCGGGGCCCCCGCCUCCCUCCGCUCCCCGCAGGGUGGACGCGCGCGCCCGAGCGCGCAUCGCGCUCUGCAGCAUCUUCCCGCCCCACCAGGUGGACAGCGUCAUGGCCCUAUUCCCCGCGCUCUCCGACGUCACCAGGCUCAUCCUGCUCAUCCAGAAAUUCCAAAGGUGUGGUGCGCCUGUGGAAAAGUCCUAAGGAACUCGUCCAAGCCACCGCAAGUGAUGUCCCAGUCUUGCCUUGCCACUUGGGCAGGGAGGGUUGUCAGCCUGCUCCUGGGGCGAGCCACUUUGCAGCCCCCUUUUCUUUAAAGAUGGUCAGGGAAGCCAGCUUCCUCACCCUCAGCCAGGCCCAUGGUGGCACUUGAUGAUCCUCACUGACCCUGCAGGGCUAGCUGCUGGAGGUCAGUAAGGUUGGCCCCUUCCGUGGAGGGAGUGAUCUCUUAUGUCUGGAAGACUUUGCUCCCAUGACGGCUCGAAGGGUUUGUCCAGAACAUUCCAUGGCUGUUUUGUCAAGCUGCAAUUGGGAUCCACAAAUGGGUCACAGGAGCAAUUUAAUGGGUCAAACCAGAAAGAGUGGCAUGGGAAAUCUCAGAGCCUACUCCACCUCAUCAAGCUAGGUAUGAAACUCCUGUUUGUUAGCUACCAGUGGGUGCAUCUAUUUACCCUUGGUAGCCAUGGAAACUUGCUGUGGGUCGUGGGCAAAAGUUUGAAAAAUCCUGGUAAAUGGCCUUGAAUUUUAUUGUAUCAAAUCACAUUUGAAAUAUGUAGUCAGUUGAUGGAAGUUUUGGCAUCUGGAAGUUUUCAUAUGAGCUGUUUCUUACCUCAUGAGAGGAACCUAGAAUUGUCCUUGUGCUCUGAGAUUGUGUGGCUGUGCUGGUCUGUGGGGGCGGGGCAGGGGCACGGUGUCCUGAAGGUCUGCCCUUAGGGCCUUCACGCCUUACACACACACCCACACACACACACACACCCCCCCCCACACACACACACACUUGACUCAGGGCUAAGCAUGUUUUUCAGCCGUCCAUCAGGGCAUUUUCCAACACAGCGGCUCUACUGGCUGAGCUUUCUAAGCCACACCUCGCACGUAAGCCAGGGCCCAGUGAGUCAGGACUUGUGCCCAGAAACCUCGAGGUGGGUCAGUGAAGAGCUGACAUGAGCCUCCAUCAUGGAGGUUUAUUGCCCCCGUCCACCACUGCUGUUUCUUCCACCCAGCUACUGCUUUGAGUUUUGGGGCAAAGGGACCCACCCACUUGCAAUGGGCAAGAAAUGAGACCAUCCUUCCAGAGUGUGGACCCUGCAUCCUCUGGGGGUCCUGUCAUCUCUAGGGGGCAUCCACAUUCACUCCAGGUUACAAGUCCAGCUGUCCAGGUCUUGGCUCAUUUGCUCAUGAGGGCCCUUGGUGGCCGGGCCAUCAGGGAGAGUGUGAGGCACCUCCCAGUGGAAAAUCAGCCCCCAAACCCCCCAAGUUGCCUGCAGACUGGUGAGUGCAAAGGGAAACUCUUCUCAGCACAUCACUCCGCUGUGUGCAUUUUUGGCACAGACCAGGGUGCGCCCCUGGGAGAGUCCGCUUCCAGCCCUCUAAUUCGUGGUAAGUGCUGCAGUAGAGAUAGAGUGAUGUUGUGUCUCUCAGGGACCACGAUCGUCUUUUUAAACCAGCCUCUUAACGUGCUUCAGCCAGAUCUGUUCUUUACCCCUGUUUUUCCAAAGAGGACACUGCACGCACAGUUGUAUCUUACUGUUUUGGGACCUCAGUCCUGAAGAGGGUCCACUCUUUCUAGAUAAAAUGGAUUUCCCUUCUGGUGUUUUUGUUUUUGUUUUUCUUUUCUUUUGGCAAGACAGGCUUUAUGUUAGAGCUGCUUUUGUCUCUCUGAUCUGUCUCCUGAUGUGGUAUCGUUGUACGGGCUGACUUACAGUUGGAAAUGUUUAAACUGCUUCCUUUGAGGACAAGUUUGAGUUUUAGUAAGCUGUAAAGCUAUUUUAUUUGGUUCACUGUGAUUAAGACAAGCACAAAACAAGUGAAGAGACAGCACAUUUCAGUGUAAUCCCCUUUGGAAUCUUUUCCAAAGUCUUGGUAUGUCUUUAUGACACAAAACAUGGACGGACGGGUGAGUGAAAUGUUCCUGGUUGCAUAACUGUUACCAUGAUCCAAAAAUAAAUCACUUUUAUCCACG